GUAUUUCAUACUUUCUGAGUCAGCGCUCCAGCAGCUAGAUGGAGCCCAAGGCUUCACUUACAUACAACGUCCCUUCUGAUUUAAACUGGCAUUAUCCCUGUGACAAUGGAGGCACCAUUAUGUCUGAACAUAUCACCAGUCAACAGCUUUAUACCAAUACUAGCAGAAAGAAAAGUAAAGUUCGUCUCAAUGACCAGUUAAUACCAAAACCAACUGACAUAAAUGUAGCGGACAAAAUGUCACAAAUUCCAACUCCGAGGGAACACCCCUACUCAUCCCACAUCUCCCAGUUUGCAAUGUUCCCAUCCUUCCAGUCACCAGACGACCCCGUGACAGGAGUCAGAGCUGCCUCCCAACCUUACCCCAGCCGGCUCAUCCCGAACAGUGCACCAGACGUCACUCUGCAGAGCAAAACAUUUGGUGGCCCAUAUAGACAUGAAAUCUUGGAGACGCCAAUAAAAAACAGACAGAAGUCUGUUAGGUGGACGGGAGAAUGCAGCUUCUGGGAUUCCGACCCAUCGAAGGGAGAGAACCAAGUGUUCUACCCGACUCCUCCAAAGACGGUGAUGCCCAAUCCCAAACUUCGUGACUGGGAUUUGUCUUUAUCUGAGCGGACGAGCAACAUGUUGAAAAAUCUGGAGAGGACACACUGGAUCACCUCUUACCAAAUGGACUACAAUGAAUCUGGGCCAGCAAAUCCUUUGAAAGUAGAUGACUUCGAGGAAAAAAUGAGACUCAGUGGGAUGAUUUCACACACUGCAACACUGAGAGAAAGGUCUUAUCCUGUGUUUGUUCCCUCGAAACCAAAACACGCAUGUAGAAGAAGACAGGGGAGCCACGUGGGGAGGAGCACCUGCAGUCCCACUGCUGCUGAACUCCUGAAUACAUCCUCAGCUCUACAGCAAGGAGCCGCUACAGCUAUUAUAAACCAGUUUAGGCCACAAGAGAUCACAGCUCAGCAUAAUGAGGCCCCGGAUUUAAGUCCAAAGGGCCACAGUUGGUCCGGGAACAGAGCACAGAGGGAUGAGCCGUCCCAGGGGGCCUCACGCACACAACAAACUGUGAGCAAAAGCUCUGUGCAUGAGGACGGUGAGAGGGGAAACAGCAAAGUCCUGUUUGAUCUCACGCAAGUGUCCCUGUCACAGAACAACCAAGAGGCAGAGAGAUCACAGCAGAACUUUAAAGUUGCAGGUAUUGACUCACAUACUGAGUCACUAUCAAGAGCCCCUUCAGAGCUGGAGAAACCAGCAGAGGGCAGAGAGCUGGCACACGGCAUCUCUAACCCCUGCAUCCUGCCGAGGCCUCGCGUCUUGCCCGGCAUCCGUCCAGUGGACAGCGCUGGGACCACGGGUGGAGAAAAUGCAGGUCUCUGCCUCCUGGACCUUCAAAAUUCAUUCAGUAAGACGGCAGCACAUCGCAGCUUCAAUAACUCCAUCACACGUGCUGCUGUGGACCUGAGGGACAACGUGGUCACAGGAAGACAACACAACUUCUACGGGAUCAACUGCUACUACCUGCACGGAUAA